AUGGGCAAGAGGGCAGCUGGCUUGGCGACCGCGUCGCCUGCGAAGAAGGCGGCGGCGGCCUCACCAGCCGCUGCGGCCUCUCCAGCCGCUGCCUCUGGCGCGUCACCAGCCGCAGCCGCUGCGGCUUCUCCAGCCGCUGCCUCUGGCGCGUCACCAGCCGCUGCGGCCUCACCAGCCGAUGCCUCUGGCGCGUCGCCCGCCGCUGGCUCUGGCGCGCCGCCAGCCGUCGCCUUUGGCGCGCCGCCUGCCCCGCUGCGCAUCAAUCAGCUCCUCGAGAUGGAAAGCGCGUCGACGCAGCAAUGCGCUCUCAAUGGCUGGGUGCGCCAAGUGAAGGGCUACGUCGACCAGGCUUUGGUCAUCUUCCUGGAGCUUCGCAAGUGUUCUUUGAUUGCGCCGUUGGCCAUCACUGAUGCUGCCUCUGGCGCUAACCUCGCUUCGUUUCGCGAGGUCAUGGACUUCGACAACCUGGUUGCGAGCUUCUCCCGCACCAAGGAGUACGAGGCAGCGGGGGCGGCGUGGUUGUUGGACCCGGUUUGCGCGGACAUCGACGAGGUCACCGUCAGUCAGCUCGAGGGUGCCAUGGGCAUGUGGUCGGAGGAGACGUUCCUCCUCUCCUCCAAGCACGCGCCCUCGCGGCGCCUGACCUUCGACGCGCCUCUCCCCGCCUCGGUGGUCGACGCCCAUGUCGCCCAGCGCCUUGAGCCCGGCAAGCCUGGAGUUUGCUUGACAGAGCCUCUGGCCAUGAUCGCGGGCCGCGCGGUGGUGAUCACGUGGUAUUCUGCCAUGGGCGAGGCGCUCAAGGAGGCCAACGAGGACCGCGCGUGGCAUCUGUUCAAUGCCGCGUUGCCCGUCCCCAUCAGGAUGCGCGCGCUGCCCGAUGCGGUCGCGGCCCACUUGGCGGCCCUGAGUUUUGGAGAGAAGAUGUUCACUGCGAGCGCUGCCUCUGGCGCAGAUAGCUUCUGGCGGCUCGCAGAAAAAGCGCGCCGCUUGACAAACGUGCGCGCCAGUCUCGACAGAGCGGAAGCAGCGACGAGGCUGGAGGUCGCGCUGAAGGCCUACGGCCUCCAGUUCAAAGGGAAACCGUGCACCAGCGCAACUGCCGCGGCGCUGAAAGGUUUGCACACUUUCAUCCUCGACAGCGCCUGCUCUUCGGCUUUCUCGCUGGCCGAAGCAUAUAUCCCAGGGCUUCGCGACCCUGCGCUUCUCAUGAAGAUCGGCUUCGCAUGCUCCAAUAGGGCUGUCUCUGACGACAAGGCCAGGGAAUUGUUCGUUUUCAUCCUGGACACUUUCCGCGUGGCUCGCCUGGCGGGCGACGUCCCGAAGGGCAAGAAACUGGCCGUGAGCCGGGUCUGCGGGCCUCAUUGUAAAUCGCCAGGGAUGGUCCACGCGGUCUUCAAGAAACAGGAGCUCGUCGAGUACAUUUUCCACGAGGCCUCUCUCAUGCACAAGGAACAUGAGCGCGAAAUGGCCGCAUUCAAAACACCUCUCCGCAUCCUCCAGCGGUUCGCUGCCUCUGGCGCGGGUGGGCUCGUGGCUUCGCACCGCGUGUCCGACCCAGGCGGCGGCGCCGACGGGGUGGAACAAUUGUUCGCGCUCCCCGUGGCUGAGUAUCGGACUUCCGUGGAUUGCAAGUCGAAGGCGAUGAUCGACGUCGCGCGGCUUCUGUGGUCGGGCGCUUUCGACGAAGAAAUCGCCGAGCUUGCCAGGCAGGAGAUGCAGAACAGCGCGCCUGCGUUCGUCUGGCACACGUGCCUCACCAAGACCAGCCGGGACGUGGGUGUCAAGUACCGCGCUUUCGUGACCGCCUGCGCGGGCGGGCCGACCCCCUCCGACCCCGACCUGGAUGCAAAUCUCGGCUUGUUGGGGUAUUCAGCGGAGCAGAUGCAGAGCGUGUGGGAUGCGCUCAGCUUGGGGCACCGCUUCGCGAGGAAGACAACCGACGUUCGCGCGUUCGUCCUCUCAGCGGAGCUCUUCCCGCCCAAAGUCGUCAAGGAAGGCGUCAAGGCGAGGCUCUGCGAGGAGUUGCCGUGCGACGAGGCGAAGUUCAAGCGAGUCCUCGAGUUCUUCUUGCAGAAGAGGCAGAAUGAUGAUAUCCUCAUCUUCCUCGACGGCAGGAGCCGCGCGAAUCGGCGGGUCAUUGAGAGCCUCGAGGACAAGUUGGAGUCGGGGAGCUCCCACGCGUUCGUUGAGUGCUGGAUCGGCGCCCAGCUACACCAAGAACAACAGGGAGACGGCGAUCUUUCGAUGCCAGUCAAGGGCCCGCGGAAGGCGGUGCACCGUUCCGAGUUCAACGCGCGCGGCGAGUCUUCGACCGCAGACACGACGUGCAUUGGCGUCAGCAUGCGGCGUCUUUCCGAGCUCCCUCGCCUGAGCUACGAGGCCAAGGCGAUCAUCCUGGGAGCUGCAUCUUGCGGUAGCGUUGACGGCGCCAGCAUUCCGCGCCUGCAGGCAGUCAUCGAUUCGAAGGGCCACCCGUUCUCGUAUAACGAGGUGACGCCCAUCAGCCUAUGGCAGACGAUCAUGGGGCACCACAGUGUGACCCACAUCGUCGACUUCACUCCAGGCUCUGGCGCCUUGGCUGUUGCUGCCGCUGGAGCAAUGGAGUACGAAGGUGUCGCUUGCAACGAUAACCAUCGGGACUGGUUCGACUCCAUCGUGGACAGGUGCGUGAUGCACAAGGCGGGCCACGAGGAGGGGCGCGCGCAUCAAGUGGGCGGCGACGCCGACUUCGUCGAGAAAGCUAGCAAGUAUUUCAGCGGAACAAUGAUGGAGGCGAAACGUCUGCUGAUGCCGCUGGUCGACGAGGUCGGCGGGGGCGAGGAGGGCGAUGACGAGGAUGACGAAGAGUAG